UUUCAAACCAAAUGGGCUUAAAAAUAAACUAACCAUACAUACAAUACAAUACAAAAUACCCUAUGUGUCAUUGAAGAAUCAAUAAUCUGUUUUUCAUCCAUUUAUAAGGAAGGAAGGAAGCAAACACCAUCAUGCCAUCAGGACCUAAGAAGCGAAAAGCUGCCAAAAAGAAACAAGUCAAUGCCUCCUCCAACUCUUCGUCAACAUCUCACUCUCAUCAUGGAGAGAGUGAUGGUGGGGAACUAAACUCUCCGGUAGCACAAGAUCAGCAUAACAAUCAACUUCCCUUUACUGAGGUGGAAAACCGUGAAGACGGUGUGACUCAGAACAAGAACAAUGAAGGCAUUGAUAAGGAAGAAGAAGUUAAAAAUAUUGAGAUUGAUAACUGGUCGAAGUCAAUGCAAUUGCAUGAUAGCAAAUCAAGUUCUUGCAGUCAUAGUUCAGAUGAUGAAUCUCAUGCCAUUGAGAAGAAAGUAGUGGAAUUAGUUCAGCCUGUUGAAACGUUGCCUGAGAAGAUAGUUCAAGAAAUUGAAGUUCCAGGAGUGGGGACUUCCUCUGUUCGUCAUCAUUUUAAGACUGUUGAUUCUCUGUUAGAAGACAUAAAUAAUGACUCAAAGAUUGAGGAGAAAACAGAUUUAGUUGUGGAGGAAACGCCUCCGGUUCCUGCAUUAGAAAAGAGUUCGUUUUUGGAGAAAAAGUUUGUUGUGAAUGGGAGUACUUCAAAGGAUACUUGUUCGACUUCUUCUGUAGGAAUUGAAUCAGUUCUGGUGAACAAUGGGGCAUCAAAUUCAAAAGUAACUGUAGCAGUUUCUAUCCAUAAUGGUGCAGAUGAUGUAAAUGAACCUGAGACAUUGCAAUACUCUGAUAAACAGCCUUUGGUAGCUUCAACCCCACAAGCCGUGCAAACAACUUCUUGGAAGGGUUGCUGUGGAAUACUCGAGCUGUUUGCAAAACCUGAAUGAUAAAUAUCCGAACCUGUUGAUGUAAAGUGGCUAUGGAUAAGAAGUUUAUAGUCGAUUUACAAAACCUGCAUAAUGUAAAGGGGCUAAUGGAUAAGAAGUUUAGACUCGAAUUGCAAAAUCUGCAUUAGUUAUAUUUUAUUUA